AUGACCAAGGGUCUGGAAUGUCUCUCCUGUGAGGAAAGGAUGAGAGAGCUGGGCAUGCUUAACCCGCAGGAGAAAACUGAGAGGGAUAUUUUUAAUAUGUACAAGUUACUUAAGGGAGAGUAUCAACAGGAUGGGGCCAGGCUGGGGCAGGCCUUACCGUCGGCACGUAACGCUACGAGGAAAGCCGGAUGGGAGGGGGGGACGUUUUCCCCAUCCAGCCCCGAGCAGAGCCGCAGAUGGAAGCAAGCCAAUCCCUUAGCCUGGCUUUUAGCCCGUUUGCUGCAACAGCGGCGGCCGUUGCCUCAUUCCCGUGGCAGACCUCCGCCUGACCCCCGAAAAGCGAGAGACUGCGGGCGCGCGACAGCGCUAACGGUUGCAGCGGCCGCCCUGCUCGGGGCGGGGCUCGCGCGUCAGGGGGUGGCGCGGCGGCCCCGCGGCUCGUGCUCGUCCGACGGGCUGCGUCGUGCCGGCAGCAUGGCGCGCGUAGGCGCGGACCCGCCGGCAUAUAACCAGGAAAGUGUGGAAGACGAAAUUGCAUCAGUUCUGCAGGAGCGCAUAAUGAUUUUGGACGGAGGCAUGGGUACCAUGAUCCAGCAGCAUGCUCUGUCAGAAGGAGAUUUCCGAGGGCAUGAAUUUAAAGAUCAUUCCAAGCCUCUGAAAGGCAAUAAUGACCUUCUGAGCAUAACUCAGCCUGAUAUAAUCUGUGACAUACACAAGGAAUACUUGCUUGCAGGUGCUGACAUCAUUGAAACUAACACUUUCAGCAGCACUCGAGUUGCACAAGCUGACUAUGGCCUUGAGCAUUUGGCAUAUAGAUUAAACAGAACCUCUGCACAAGUGGCCAGAAAAGCAGCAGAUGAUGUAACUGCUCAGACAGGAGUUAAGAGAUAUGUUGCUGGAUCAAUGGGUCCAACAAAUAGGACACUUUCUGUGUCACCAUCUGUGGAGAGACCAGAUUACAGGAACAUAACUUUUGAUGAACUGGUUGAAGCCUAUACAGAACAAGCCAAAGGACUUUUGGAUGGAGGAGUAGAUAUCAUGUUAAUAGAAACCAUAUUUGAUACAGCCAAUGCCAAGGCAGCUCUUUUUGCACUCCACAAGUUGUUUGAGGAAGAAUACACUCCUCGACCCAUAUUUGUUUCUGGAACCAUCGUAGAUAAGAGUGGGCGCACCCUCUCAGGCCAGACAGGAGAGGCAUUUGUCAUUAGUGUUUCACACAGUAAGCCACUUUGCAUUGGCUUAAAUUGUGCUUUAGGAGCAGUUGAAAUGAGACCAUUCAUUGAAACAAUUGGAAAAUGUACAGCAGCGUAUGUCAUCUGUUACCCCAAUGCAGGUCUUCCCAAUACUUUUGGUGGUUAUGAUGAAACUCCAGAAGUGACUGCAAAGCACAUAAAGAACUUUGCAUUGGAUGGUUUGGUCAACAUAGUUGGAGGUUGCUGUGGUACUACACCAGCACAUAUCAGGAAAAUUGCUGAAGCUGUAAAAUUAUGUAAGCCUCGUGUUCCACCUUCUCUCUCUCAAGGAUAUAUGCUGCUGUCAGGUCUGGAGCCAUUCAGGAUUGGGCCAUACACCAACUUUGUUAACAUUGGCGAACGCUGCAAUGUUGCAGGAUCACGGAAGUUUGCUGCACUCAUCAUGGCAGGCAACUAUGAAGAAGCCCUGACUGUAGCCAAAUCCCAAGUUGAGAUGGGAGCCCAGAUUCUUGACAUCAAUAUGGAUGAUGGGAUGCUGGAUGGACCUUCUGCAAUGACUAGAUUUUGUAACUUGAUUUCUUCAGAACCUGAUAUUGCAAAGGUGCCACUAUGCAUUGAUUCUUCAAAUUUUUCAGUGAUUGAAGCUGGCUUGAAAUGCUGCCAAGGAAAAUGCAUUGUAAACAGCAUCAGUCUGAAGGAAGGUGAAGAAGACUUUCUAGAGAAAGCAAAGAAAAUUAAAUUGUAUGGGGCAGCUGUGGUUGUCAUGGCUUUUGAUGAAGUUGGUCAGGCAACAGAAACAGAAACCAAGAUUGCAAUCUGCUCCAGAGCAUACCACCUCCUUGUGGAAAAAGUAAACUUCAAUCCAAAUGAUAUAAUAUUUGACCCUAAUAUUUUGACCAUAGGGACUGGAAUGGAAGAACAUAACCUAUAUGCCAUUAAUUUUAUCAAUGCUACUAAAACCAUAAAAGAAACACUGCCAGGUGUCAGAAUAAGUGGGGGUCUUUCCAAUCUGUCUUUCUCCUUUCGAGGAAUGGAUGCCAUUCGAGAAGCAAUGCAUGGGGUGUUCCUAUACCAUGCAAUUCGGUGUGGCAUGGAUAUGGGAAUUGUGAAUGCUGGGAAUCUGCCGGUGUAUGAUGACAUCCACAAGGAAUUGCUACAGCUAUGUGAGAAUCUAAUCUGGAACAAAGAUCCCGAUGCGACAGAGAAGCUUCUACAUUAUGCUCAGAAUCAUGCCCAAGGAGGAAAAAAAGUGAUACAAACUGAUGAAUGGCGGAACAGCACUGCGGAGGAAAGGCUGGAAUAUGCUCUUGUAAAAGGCAUAGAGAAGUAUGUCACUGCAGAUACAGAAGAAGCAAGAUUAAAUCAGGAAAAAUACCCUAGACCUCUAAAUGUAAUUGAAGGGCCUUUGAUGAAUGGCAUGAAAAUUGUUGGUGAUCUUUUUGGUGCUGGGAAGAUGUUUCUGCCUCAGGUGAUAAAGUCUGCUCGAGUUAUGAAGAAAGCAGUUAGCCACCUUAUUCCUUACAUGGAAAAAGAAAGAGAAGAAAGGAGAGCCAAACAAGGCAGCUCAGAGGAAGAGGAUCCUUAUAAUGGUACAAUAGUACUAGCAACUGUGAAAGGUGAUGUACAUGAUAUUGGCAAGAACAUUGUGGGAGUUGUUCUGGGCUGCAACAACUUCAGAGUUAUUGAUUUAGGAGUCAUGACUCCAUGUGAUAAGAUAUUGAGAGCUGCUGUUGAGAACAAAGCAGAUAUUAUUGGUCUGUCUGGUCUCAUCACCCCAUCUUUGGAUGAAAUGAUAUUUGUCGCCAAAGAAAUGGAGAGAUUGGCAAUAAAGAUUCCUUUGCUAAUUGGAGGAGCAACUACUUCUAAAACACACACAGCUGUUAAAAUUGCCCCCCGCUAUAGUGCACCUGUAAUUCAUGUCCUGGAUGCAUCCAAGAGUGUUGUGGUUUGUUCCCAGCUCUUAGAUGAAAGCGUAAAGGAUGAUUUUUUUGAAGAAAUAUUAGAGGAAUAUGAAGAAAUUAGACAAGAGCACUAUGAGUCUCUUAAGGAAAGAAGAUACUUGUCUCUACAGCAAGCUAGAAGAAAAGGUUUCCAUACUGACUGGUUGUCAGACCACAAACCUGUGAAACCAAAAUUCAUUGGUACAAAAGUCUUUGAAGAUUAUGACCUGAAGAGGCUAGUAGAGUACAUUGACUGGAAGCCUUUCUUUGACGUUUGGCAACUUAGAGGAAAAUAUCCCAACCGGAGUUUUCCUAAAGUAUUUAAUGAUAAAACAGUAGGCGAAGAAGCACAGAAAGUUUUUAACGAUGCUCAAAAUCUUCUGAAAAUAUUGAUUAAUCAAAAGAAAUUACAAGCAAGGGGUGUGCUUGGGUUCUGGCCAGCUCGAAGUGUUCAAGAUGAUAUCUAUUUGUAUGCUGUUGAAGAGGCAGUGGGAUCUUCAGAACCAAUAGCAAAAUUCUGUGGCCUGAGGCAACAGGCUGAAAAAGAUUCUGCCUGUACAGAUCCAUAUUACUGUCUCUCUGACUUCAUAGCACCACUGGAUUCUGGCAUUUGUGACUACUUAGGCCUUUUUGCUGUAGCCUGCUUUGGUGUGGAUGAGUUAUGCAGUGACUUCAGGAGACAGGAUGAUGAGUACAAUAUCAUAAUGGUAAAGGCACUUGGAGAUCGACUGGCUGAGGCAUUUGCUGAGGAACUCCAUGAAAGAGUUAGAAGGGAAUUCUGGGCUUACUGUAGUGAUGAGCAGCUAGAUCUUUCUGACCUACGCAAAAUUAAAUAUGCGGGAAUUCGGCCUGCUCCUGGUUAUCCAAGCCAGCCUGACCAUACAGAAAAACUCACCAUGUGGAAGCUUGCUAACAUUGAGGAAACAACAGGAAUUGGUUUAACUGAAUCAUUAGCAAUGACACCUGCUUCUGCAGUUUCUGGCCUCUACUUUUCCAGCCCCAAAUCAAAAUAUUUUGCUGUUGGCAAGAUAUGUAAAGAUCAGGUUGAAGAUUAUGCACUAAGAAAAGAAUUGUCUGUGGCAGAAGUGGAGAAAUGGCUAGGACCCAUUCUGGGAUAUGAUACGGAGUAACCGUGAUAGAUAUGUGGGCAAGCAUUUCUUUCUGAUGGUCCAUUUGCCAGAACGAAAAAUAAAGUGGCAUCUAUUCUCUUUCAUCACUUCCCUUAGUAUUCACUGGAAGUGUUUUGUUGUUUUUGUCACUGUUCUGGUCCAAAAAAAGCCUAGAACCACAACUACCCCAACAAAUCAAAUGAAUUCAAAUGCAAAUAUGAGAAGAAAAUCCUUCCUACUGAGAAGUUCCCUUCCAUCCAGCUCAGUAUUUGGUCUUAUUGUUCCUAAUUUUUGAUCAAGGAACUCGUAUUUCAGAUGUGCCAGGUAUAUGGGACCAUGAAGGUAUUACGAUCUUAGUCGUAGCAGUGUGCAGCUAAUUGCAGGGUGAGAUGUGGAAGUUUAAUUCCCCUCUUGUCCUUAGGAAGGCUUUGAAAUGAGGGCCACGUAUUUGUCUCACUGACUGUGCACUGAUGCUCAACAGGAUUUGAUUUCUGUUAUCUGAAUGUGUAUUAGGUCAAUGUCAUACAGAAAUAUGAUGUGAUUUUAUUUUUUUUUUCCUAUGAAGUCAGCAAAGGUUUUAAACUGAAUUACUAAGAACAACUGGUGUACAAACAGAUCUCCUUUUCUCAAAUCUAUCUGCUCCAAAUUUAGGUCUUGUGUGUACUGUUGGUUAGGUUUUUUUUUAUUGUCUAAAUACUAACUCAGGUUUUAAAAAUACUUUGUGAUGACAACUGUAGUUAAAACUUUCAAAAGAAUAUAAUGUGCUGGAACAAUAUCAGAGAUGCAGUAUUAUGAUAGAACAUUAAAUGAGAUGACUGAGCCUGUUCAGUUGUCUCAUGCUUGAUUUCAGCUGACCACAGUCUGUUUCUACUCUGUAUAAAGUGUAAUGAUACUUUCCUGUCUUCCUAUCUCACAGUUGGAUUCUGAGGAUUAAUUCAUAUGCAAAAAAACUUUUGUUUGUGGAAAAGUAUGAGAAGCAUAAUUAUUACUAUUAUCAUGUAUUCUGAAAUCUUGGAGUUGACCAGUGUUAUACAAACUUUUAAGCUUCUGGCACUUUGAUUUAAGAAGCAAAUAACAGCAACACUAUCGUAAGUAACAGUUAAUACCAUAGGAUUAUUCUUCAGAUUUAAUGUUAAGUGAGCUAAUUGUUCAUAGCUCUUAAUAAUCCCCUAAAGUGCCUCAAUUAUUAUUCAAAAGUGAAUGUCAUAAAAUAUUAUGGCAGGGAAGACUCAUUUUUCUGAUCUCUAACUGUAAAGAAAAGAAACAUUUUAUGAAGAAAAUUUACUUUUAAGUAGUCAAUCUGUGAUCUUUUAAGUUACAAUUUUUGAAAUAUUUAUGUCUGACUUUAUGUUAAAAGAAUAAUCUUGAACAGUUUAAUAAAGCUGUCAAUGCUGUUAUCAUUUUAGAAUUCUUUCAAUGGCAGUAAAUAUUGCUGUAAUGCGAGUAAAUGAUUUCAAAGAUAGUAUACGCAUUGUAUUAUUAACCUAAAAGAAUAAAUGCUGCUAUUGGGUUCUUAAA